GUUUGUGUGUUUCUCUGUGCUGUGUGUCAGAUCGCUACAGGACUUAGUGUGGAUCCCACCUGAGUUCCAGCUUCUUCUCACUGACAGUCUGCACGAGAGGAACCGAGAAGCUAGAAAAGAUUUCAAAAUGAAGAGGAAAAAGACAAAGAAGGAUAGAAAGAACGACAAAGCAAGCAGGGGAAAUCACGCCAGGAAAGAAAGACAGAAGAAGACAAAAAAAUCAGCAGGUGACAGCAGAACUUCAACCCCAACUGAGAUUCAGAGCCAAAAUGAAGACGCUGUUACUGUGUCAAUGAGCCAGAAUGAACUUGACCCUGAUCAGAAUUGUGCCAACAUUCCAGUGCCUGAGACAGGAAAAGCUGAUGCCCAAACCCAAACAAGACAAAAUCAAAAAAACACAGAGACCCAGACUGAGCCCAUCAAUCAUAAUUCAUGUCACACGCAAACUGAUUCAGAUUCCAUGUGUGAAGCCACAAUGCAAGGCCAAGGGAAUGCAGAAAAUGAUUUGCCCAAUACAAAUAAGGAAAAAGCUGCUGAUGAUUCCCUGCCAACACCUCCUGAUCCUGGAGGAGACAAGAAUGAAGGAACAGUUACACCAUCAAACUGUGAUGAUCCAAUGCAAAAGGAGAAGGAGGACAUCAAGAACGAGAAUAGAGAACAGACCGGAGAAGAUACAAAAGAUUCCACUAACACCAAGUCUACAGAAGCAAAAUCGAAGUCAUACGCUGAAGCAGCAACGAGCAAAGUCUCCAAGGAAAAAAACAACCAGACAGCAGCAGAACAGGGGGGCAGAACUUACAGCAAAGCACCAGAGAGAAAAACGUCUCCAGCUAGAGAACCAAGAGGAAAACCAAUGUUCACAUUUUAUGUGUACUUAGUAAUGGACAAAAGCUUCAAGUUUAACAGAAAUGAGGACAAGCUUCUGAUCUGUUAUAAAAAUGGUUUUAAUGAAUUGGAAAUUACCAUGUUCAGGUCCUUGAAAACAAAUGGCUAUUUGAUUGAGGCAAACUUCUCUGUUGAUGAAUAUUUUUUGGAGAGAGGCAGCAUGAUCAGAUAUAAAUAUGCAGUUCAGAAACAGGGGAAAAAUGCAGAGGAAAUUGCCACAAGACACCUUCAGAUCCCUUUUGAGCGCUCAAUAAAAGAACUGCACAUUUUCGAAGUCCACAUGACAUAUUCAUCUCCAGGGUUGCUGAAGCGCCUGACGAAAUCUGCAGAUAUUGUCAUAUCUGAGGCCUGGAAGAAUUCUGCAUGUUUACUACUGGACAGAUUGUUUGAGAAAUGGGACCCAUCAAACCAGGAGGCCAUUCAGACAUUCGCACAACACUUGCAUCAAUAUCUGUUCUUUCUUAACAGUGCCAGUCAGCGGGUGUUAUACUAUAGUAAAAUCCUGCCUGCCCUGUCUACUCCUAAUAUAGAGGUGUCUGAAUUAAUAACAAAGAAACUGGUUAACAUACUGAAUGUUGAAGGAAGGUCAUCAGAGAGCUCAGCUAAUGUCGGCCCCCUUGCAGUAGGCCUCUCGGUGUUCCAGGUGACCUGUGCAUGUCGUGUUAAUCUCGGGAUUAAAGGCUGGGGUUUGCUCUGUCAGCUGGUCUCUUCUGCUCGUGCUCUCAAACAAGUACAAGAAACGCAAAACAUCAUUCCAACACUGCCUCAAACAGUGACAGGUCUGAUGAACCUGUGUUCUCGGCAUCUGCUCUCAGAGACCGUCCUGCUGGUUCCUCUCCUCCAUUCUGUGAGGCAGCUUGGUGCAGACUCGGGCCGACUCGGGCCAGCUGUUGAGGAACAAGACUGGACAGGACUGCAUUUAAUAGAGUACCGUCAAUUCAGAGAGAAUCUAAAAGCAUUUCCUGAUAAGAGAAGGAUGAUCCUUGAGCUGGUUGAAAAGCACAAGCCAUUGGUCAAGGACAAGAUGCCUAUUUUGUCUGCAUGGCUGUCCAUGAUAGCAUUUGAAGAUGUACCCACAUUUGCUGAAAAGACAGACACAUCUUCAGAACAGCUUAUUCAGGGCCUGAUGUAUAGAUUGAAAGAUUUUCAACUGAACCAGCAAAACACUGAUCUAAAACGUAUGGAUAUAAAUCUGCAGAUCACUGAGAAAAUUUUGACAUGUCUGUUGAAUUGUCUUGAUAAGGACAAAGAGAGACUCAUGAGCUCUAAAUGGUUGGACUCCAUAUUUCAGUGCUGCAGAAAUGUCCAUAAAAGCACUUGUACAAUGACUCGACUCGUUCCAGCAUACAAAGCAACGGUGUUGUCCUUUCAGCUGGUGCUAAAAAUGGCUGAGAUUCAGUAUAAAUUCAUUUCAAAGCAUGAAGACAAUGAAGAUUCUGAGAAAAAAAGACAGAGACAGAUUCUUAAAACCACUCAGGAGGAGUUCAGUCAAUGGAGGAACAAUCUCCUUCACAAUCCUCUAUUUCAAAAAUCCAGUCUUACAUACCCCAAAGAAAUAGAGCUCUGGAAUGCUUUCUUUGGGCUGGAGUGUUCAAUUCCCUCUAUUACCGAGCGAUGGAAGGGCAUGGUAGAGAAAGACUUGAGAAAAAGGAUCUCAGAGCUUAAUGAUGUGGAGAAAGUUCAGAUUUGCUGUCUGGAAACACCAGCAGGACUAAUUGAGAAGUGCCACACCACUGUUCAGACUUGUUUCAAUGAUUUGUGCUUUUCUGCCAUUCACCAGUUAUGCCAGGCUGGUAAAGAGGGAUUUCUUCUGCAGAGUCUAGAGCAAUUGCUAAAACAUGUUCCCUCAACUGUCUUUUCCUCGAUCAUUACUGAGUCAACAGCUCGUUUUGGAGAAGACAGAGUGAUCCAACUACUGAAUGACCAAUCCGCCGUCUAUGUCCUCUUAUCUCAUGGAGAUUGGAGCCAUUACAAGUUAAAUGAAGAAGCCCGUCAAGUUAUGAACGUGUGCCAGCACACUUUGGGUGAUCUGAUCAAUUCUCUUUGCCAGGGUAAUAUUCCCUUUGGUCACUUGCAGACUAUCCUGAAACAUCGGAAACAAUUCCAAGAGCUGUACAAAAAAUGUAAAAAAUACAUCAAAUUGGAUAAUAUCACUAUUGACAUUGAAAAACUGCUUAAACAAAGAGAGAAGGAUUGCCAUGUCUUGCAGGAACAGAGGAAACAUUUAGAUGUCCUCAUAAAAAUGUUUGGGAAAAUCUCAGAGAUGAUUAAUGUACCUGAGAUCUUACAACUUGAGAAAGAACACAAGAUUGAAAUGCAUCCAAUGGGAUUAAAUGAGCUGGUGGGAGUACAAUCAUGCUUCUCCAAUGAAGACUUAAAAGAGAUUCAUACAGGGAAUGUUCUGUACUACAGUGCUGACUUGCUUGCUGUGCUCAAAGCAGCAAGAGAGAUGUACGAAUUUCAAGACAGCAACUUGAUUCUCAAAUCUUGGAUGGACAAAGCAAGUGCAUAUCUGACCGAUGGUUCUCAUUGUCUUUUGUUGAGCCUGCAAGAAGUUCUUUCUAAAAUCUGGAGGCCUUCUCUUAGUGAGUUUUACCAGCUUGGUACAAGGAUUGGACAUGGAACUGUGACUUUUGAGGAAGUGGACAAGGUUGUCGAAGGGUGUGGAGACAAAGGUGAUGGCGCUCGACUUAAGAAGGAGAUGACUCUUAUGGCCACCAUGCUUGAGAAAUCUUUAGGUCUGGAGGGAAACUGUCUGGAAAAAAGUUUAAUUCUGAUUCAGGAGUAUAGACAGCUUCACCAUGCUGCAGAUUCUGCAAACGCAAUACUGAAGAUAAAAGACAGACUCAAUCUGAAAGGAGACUUCAGCCAUAUAUGCAGCCUUACUGAGUUGAGAGAAGAUUCAUUCAAAAAGAAGCCUUUAGGAUCACUGAGCAAGAACCUUAUCAAUGCCAAGCAAAAGCUUUCUCACGUCAACCGUCAGCACACAGCUUGUCUGGAGGCGUUCCUAAACAGCGAAAACCUAGUCAGCUGGGUUAAAACCACGAUUAAGGAUCGAAGUGAGCUGAAGGUGUUUAUGGAAUUGGCGUCCAUUUCGGCUGGAGAAAAUGACACUGAGAUUGACAGAUUGACCAGUUUUCAAGAUGCUGUCUCAGGUUACAGUCCACUCUUAUACUCCUUACAUCAGGUAGCAGGUUUCGAAGAGUUAAUUGCUCGUGCUCAGGAAGUGUGGGAUGCUCUCCAAAAAGAUGAAAAACUUCCAGAAAAACUGAUACACUCUGCCUGUUGGUUAGACUGGCUGAAAGGACUGAGGGAGACUCAUGGCUCUGUGGAAAAGUCCUCUCUUUCUUUGGCCUCAGCAAUCAAUACCCAUGGUGUAUACCAAAUUGGCUGGCCAGACCAUUCUUUUGGAAAGAAAACCCUGGGCAGUGUUUUAUGUGUAAAGGUAAUAAACAGCGAAAUGGAAAAGACAUACAGCCUUGAUAAAUUACUGGAGUUACAGAACAAGCUGAUGCUGAUGUCAUCUAAGGGAGAACAUGGCAAGGAACAAGUAAACAAGUUCACAGAGAUAUUUGAGGGAGUCCAGAGAAUGGGGCGCAUACUGAUGCAGCUAUGUUCAUCUGGCAACUUAUUUUUCCAGGACUUUUCUGCGUUAGUGUUGUGCAAUCAUGAAAAGGACCCGUGUAUUACCAUACACUUUCCCUUGCUUGAAAAGCAUGUUGUGUUUUAUGGCCAUGUAGCAGAUGAGCUUCCAAAAGUAUGUCGCUCUAUGGAAGCCUGCCACGAAGACUGGUGUGGCUUUAUGUCUGAGCUGCGCUCUCAGUUCUAUGCACUCAAUUAUUAUACUGCGGAACAAGUGGUCUACUUAUGCUACUGGAUUAACAAAAUCUGUGAAAAAGGAAUUGCUGUGCCACAACAAAUAUGGCAUUUGCUUACCCCACUUAAGACAGACAGUACACUGAGUGAUAUCAGACUUGCCUUUGCAAAGGCCAAAGAGAGUCUCCAGCCUGAGCCUGAAAGUCACUUUGGUUCUGACUCUGAGUCUGAACAGUCUAUUGAUAUUAGCAGAACCGGACUGCACAGAGAAAACUCUUAUUCUGAAAGUGACUCAGAGGAAUACAGAGUUGAUUUCAUGGAGAAUAUGCUAGAAGAACAUUCGUCUAUAUCUGUAGCAGAUUCUGAAGAAUAUUAUGAAAUGAGAAAGCUUCAGGAAGAUACUGAAGAAGAAGAAGAGGAAGAAGAAGAAGAGGAAACUAUGGCUGAACAGGAUCUAGAUUAUCCAUAUGAGUUGUUAGAAAAUAGAAAUGAAACUGGAUCUGACGAAGAAAUGAUGGAGACUUGUUCUAUCUCUUCUUCACAAGCUCAAGAAUGUACAAUUACAAACACAGUUGUGGAAACUCUGGAGAAUUUGUGGCAGGACUUUAGAAAUAAUAUGCCCAAAUACCUAACCCAAUACAUGGACGUUAAGACCCUUGCUCAUUUUCUUUGCUGUUUCGCUGCCGUGAACAAUCUAAACAUCAUGCGCAAGUUGCCAUCCAUCCUUCAAGAUGGAAAACCCAAUCUCAUUCUUUGCCCUGAUACAGAAUUAAUAUCCACCACACUUGCUUUGUACAUGGAGAGCCCAGAACAAGCUUUUCCCUCAGCUGAUGAGGUGCUUAUGUGCCAAGAAGACACCAGUGAAGAAGAAGUUGAGAUCUUUCUUCGGCGAUGCUUAGGCCAAGGUGCUCCGAACCACCAUCAGAAAAUCUAUACGUUGUUUAAUCCAGGUUUACUGACCUAUGAUGUAAGUGUGGCUUUGGCAGAGCGUUAUGAGGCAAUGGAGCUGAGUGCUGGAUCUAAAUUUCGCCUGGUCUUAGUCUGUCCUGUGAACCAAGACAGAUAUAUCCCAUCAUUCUUCAGCAACUACAAGGUGCAAGCAGGACUGUGUUUUUCUUUGGAAAGAGCCAGGAAAUACCUCCAGCAUCACUUGACUACUCCCUAUGUUCAAAGCCAUCAACUUCAUGCCUUUCCAGAUGGUAUUUCCUCGUGGUUGAUUACAUCGAAACGUGCAGCUGUUGGAAAGUCACUCUAUGUUACACGGAUGUUCCAAAAAUUUAAAACAGCUUUUCCAAAAGCUACAUAUCUGCCAGUUAGACUGAUCGAACCACGUGUUGAUACUGAUUGCUUGGUCCAAACACUUUGUGAGAAGCUCUCAUCACUGAAAGAGGACGAUCCUGUUUUCCUACACAUUGACACCUCAUCUGUUCGUUGGGGUUUAGAGAAGUUCCUGUUCAGAUUACUCAUUCUAAGAUGUCUGAGUGACCGUGAAGGGAAACUAUGGAGGAGAAACACAGCUCACUUGAUUGCAGUUGAAGCACUUCUACCAGAUUCUGCUCAUCAUCGACAAAUCCAUAAAGAGUCAAACCCAGGGCUUCUCAGUGUACUGCCAGCCAUACACUGUAAACCACCGAAAGAAGUCAAAGAACUGGAGCUUGCAAUCAAAAAUCGUCGUGAGCGACAUGCAUCCUUAGACCCACUGAUGGAUAUGCAAGAGUUUGAAAGUGAAGGUGUUCAGAGACCUUACCAAUAUUUAAAGAGAUUCAAUAGAAAUGAGAGUUUGGACCAUUUUAAGUAUAAAGCUGGAUCUGUGGAGGGAAAUACAGUCGAUUGUCUUCAUCAUCUUUUGUCAAACUGUGGAAUGGAGAACCCUUCAUGGGCAGAACUGAAGCACUUUACUUGGUUUCUCAACCUGCAGCUGCAAGACUGUGAAAAAUCAGGAUUCUGUGAUCCAAACUUCUUUGGAAGCAUUCUAAAUGGCUUCAAGAGCUUCAUAGUCAAAUUCAUGAUACACAUGGCCAGGGACUUUGCAUCUCCUUCCUUGAAUAUCUCUGAUGAAAGCCCUUCACUUCUUCCAGAGAGUGACCAUGAAGAUGAUCUUUUGGCACGACUAACAAUUCGCAAGCGAUGGGAGAAUGAAUCUCAUCCAUAUAUCUUCUUUAAUUCAGAUCACUUGACCAUGACCUUUCUUGGGUUUCACGUGAAGGACAGUUCCAUCCGAAAUACUGUUAAUGUUGUUGAUCGACAAACCAAUAAAGUUUUAAUGAGAGAUGUGAUGUCACUUGACCUGUUCACAGGACUUAAGAAUCAAAGAAUUUCAUUUUCUGAAGACUUUGACCAGCUGCCAAGACAGACCAAGAUAAAAAAGAUUUCCUUAGUGGUUGGUGCUGAUAUAAGAGAAGGAUUUGACCCUGAUCCCACAUAUGAGCUCACUUCUGACAAUGUAAUGAAGAUGCUGGCCAUUCAUAUGAGGUUCAGGUGUGAAAUUCCAGUCAUCAUAAUGGGGGAAACUGGUUGUGGAAAGACCAGACUAGUGAAGUUUCUUUGUGAUCUGCAAAAGGAAGGUAGAAAUGUUGAAAACAUGAAGCUGGUAAAAGUUCAUGGAGGAACUACAGCAGACACUAUAUACAGGAAGGUUAGGGAGGCUGAAAAACUUGCACAGAAAAACAGUCAAAAUUACAAACUAGACACCAUCUUGUUUUUUGAUGAAGCAAACACCACAGAGGCCAUCUUUGCAAUCAAAGAGGUACUGUGUGACAAGACAGUGCAAGGAUGUCCCUUGAAGAAAAAUUCUGGCCUAAAAAUCAUUGCUGCAUGCAAUCCUUACAGGAGGCACACUCCCAAAAUGAUUGAUCGUUUGGAGAAAGCUGGAUUGGGCUACAGAGUAAAAGCUGGGGAGACAGAAGAUCGAAUUGGUAAAGUUCCUAUGCGCCAGCUUGUAUACAGAGUUCAUCCUUUGCCCCCAAGUAUGAUCCCCCUUGUUUGGGACUUUGGGCAGUUGAGUAAUUCAGCAGAACUUUCUUAUAUUCAGCAAAUUGUGCAGAAACAGAUUGAAGAACACCGCUUGCCAUUUCAAUGCCAAAGGGUUAUUGCUAAUGCUUUGGUGGCCUCUCAAAGACAUAUGCGUCAUGAGGUGAAUGAGUGCAGUUUUGUAAGCCUUAGGGAUGUAGAGAGGUCAAUGAGGGUGAUUAUAUGGUUCUACAAACACAGACAGCUUUUUCCAAACUUUCUAGAGACCGACAAAGUUCAAAUGACCUUUAAAUGCUUGGCUCUUGCUUUGGGUAUUUGCUAUUAUCCAUCACUUGAGUCCAGAGACAGGUAUCUGCAGAACAUUAGCCAGUACUUUCCACAGCCACUUAACUCCAAACAAGCACUGGAGCAUGAGAUUUCCUCUUGCCAAGACUUCUUCCUACAGAGCAUUCGAACUAAAAAGACAAUUGCUAAAAAUUUAGCAUUGAAAGAAAAUGUCUUUCUCAUGGUGGUAUGCAUUGAGCUGAAGAUCCCACUCUUUUUGGUAGGCAAGCCAGGGAGCUCUAAAUCUCUUGCCAAAACUGUGGUAGCUGAUGUCAUGCAAGGGCAGGCAUCCUACAGUGAAUUGUUCCAGAAGCUAAAAGAGGUUCACAUGAUGUCUUUUCAGUGUAGCCCUCACUCAAGUCCAGAAGGAAUCAUUGGGACUUUCAGGAAUUGUGCUCGUUUUCAAAAAGAGAAGAACUUGGAUGAGUUUGUAUCAGUGGUAGUGCUGGAUGAGAUAGGACUGGCAGAGGAUUCUCCACAGAUGCCCCUGAAAACCCUGCACCCUCUUUUGGAGGAUGGCUGUAUUGACAAUGACCAGCCAGAUCCACACAUGAAAGUGGGCUUUGUUGGAAUCUCAAACUGGGCUCUUGAUCCUGCAAAGAUGAACAGAGGUAUUUUUGUUUCUCGUUGGGAUCCGAGUGAAAAUGAAUUAGUCGAGACAGCAAAAGGUAUCUGCUCAUCGUCCGAGUCAGUUCUUCACAAAAUCAUUCAUCUCCUGCCUAAAUUGGCCAAAGGCUUUUUAAACAUUUGUAAAAAUGACAGAGAUCAGUUUUUUGGACUCAGGGAUUAUUACAAUUUGGUGAAAAUGAUUUUUGCUGUGGUGAAAAACACAGACAGUGAACCCAAUGAAAGUGACUUAGCAAAUGCUAUACUACGAAAUUUCAGUGGACAAAAAGACAACUUUGAUCCUCUCUGUUAUUUCCAAGAUCUUUUUUCAAACGAACAUGAAGUCCCAACAAUAAGCACACUGGAAAUGAUUAAGCAAAACCUGAACCACAACAGCGAAGAAGAAUGUCGCUAUCUUCUUCUGCUCACGACAAACAAUGCUGCAUUAUACAUAAUUCAGCAGUGUAUUUUUACAAAGGAUGAAUGCAAGUGCCCUGAAAUUGUUUUUGGUUCAGGAUUUCCUAAAGAUCAGGAAUAUGCUCAAAUUUGCCGCAAUGUGAGUCGAGUUAAGAUGUGUAUGGAAACUGGCCGGACUGUCAUCCUCUUAAACCUGCUAAAUCUAUAUGAGAGUCUGUACGAUGCAUUGAACCAGUACUAUGCUUACUUUUGUGGGCAACAGUAUGUCGACCUGGGAUUAGGGUCACACAGAGUAAAGUGUCGAGUUCACAAAGAAUUCAGAUUGGUUGUAAUAGAGGACCAGGAAAAGGUCUAUGACAAGUUUCCUGUGCCACUGAAAAAUAGGUUGGAGAAGCACAGAGUAGACAGGAGUACGGAUUUGACACCAGCCCAGCAAAGGGUUCUGGAAAAACUCAAGAAUUGGGUAAACGAGUUUUCUCAACACUCAGAUUUUGGCUCUUCUGAUGAUUUUGUUGGUUUUCAUGGAGAUGCUUGUGCCAGUGCUCUCCUGCAGGCAUCCGAAAGUAGAGAAAAACUUGAUCACCAGAUAGCGGGAGAUGGUCAAGUUGACACUAACAUUCCCAGAAAGAGGCACGACAGUGUGCCAGUGUCCACAGAGUUUGCAUCCACAGGGGACGGCACAAAUGAACAUAAUGAACAGGUCUACGAUCCAGGAUCAGGAGUUGCAAUCAACGAUGACCAUGAAAAUGCUUUAACAGACACUGAUACAGGAAAUACUCCCCUCAAUGAAAACAGUGAGGGACUUGUCUUAAUGGAUGUAGAUGAAAACGAGGAUGGCGUUGAACCUGAAAAUGAACAAGAUGCCAUUGCGGACAUUCCUGGGCCUAUGGAAAUGGAUAUAUAUCCACAGGAAGUAAGGCUUAAUGACCCAAAACAAUUCAAAGAUGAGGAGGACGAGGUAUAUGAAUGUGCCAAAAACUUCUUGUUGAAUUGUGCUACGCCAGAUUCUGUGUUAAGGUUAAAAUAUUCAGGCCUGGGUAAUAACGAAGUAGAAAGACUUCAGAAGCUUUAUUUUCAACAACAAGACCACCAUUCACUCAAGAGCUUCAUGGACAAUUAUUUAAGGAAGACUGACAAAGAAAAGAAGAGAUUUGUAGAGUUGACCACCUUCUCCAGUCUGCUAACUAAAGCCGAUGUGCGGAAUCUGGCCCAAGAUUUGGGUCUAUCCAUGGAGAGUUUUCUUUUGCUUUCUCUGCACCAGUUUGACACAGAAGCUUCUUUCUGCAGCAAAAUUAGAGACUUCCUGAAGGCUGCACAUCUGUCUCUGCACGUCCUAUUGAUUCAGAUGGAUAUGGAGGAAUCACUCUGCAAAAAUGAACUCAUUGCUUCUGCAAAGUACUGCACCAUGAAUGAACUUUUAGCUCUUCGGUCAGAUGAUCACAACUGCUAUAUUGUGUUUAUCACAAAACUCUCAAGGAUUGCAAGUGACAAUAAGUAUAGUGGAUUUCAAGGAGGUGCAUGGCUUUCUACACAUAUCGAUGACCUCAGAGACACUAAUGAGAUGAGCUUGGAUCUCUCUGUAUUUUGUGGAACACCAAUCAGCAAACUACUGUCUAAGCCAGCACACCCUGUUUCCAUGGAUGUAGAUCAAGAAAAAGCCACGGUCAAAAGCCAAUUGCAGGAUAAAUCUGCAUAUCUGCACAGUUUAUCUUUGGUGAGAUCGUGCACACAGAAGGCCGUUUCACUCCUUCGAGACUCUGUAAAUAACGAUUCUAGGAGUGUAAAGCGCAUGCACACUCUUCUUGGCCUUCUGGAUAUCAACACUGGGCGUAUUGGGGCGCGUUUCCAGGAAGUACUGCAGAGGCGAUUGGUGGUUGCCCUGACACAAAGAGAGGAGUGUAUGCCUAAUGCUGGAGACUGGGUGAACAAAGAAAUAAAGAAGCGGGAGGCUUUGCAAGAAGGAGGUACUCUCAGACACACACUGUGGAGAUGUCUACAGGGAGUUCUGACCCCAAUUCUGGCCUGGAUAUUAGAGGUGCUGGACAGAGAUUCUAACCUGGAGCUGGUGUAUAAUGCAGGGCUCAGUGAAGGACUUGUCCAGUUCUGGCUGGAUAUCUUUGAUGAUGGGCAGAUUUUAGACCUGCCGGUGCCACAGAACUCAAGUUCCUCAGAACAAGAGAUUGACAUGCAGUACAAUCUGUUGGUGGGAGGAGAGGCACGUACCUGCACUGCUCCUUUCAGUUGGCUCAUCAGACUCUAUUGUUAUAACCUUUGGGAGGAGUCUAGGUUUCUGCAAAGUAUUGAACAGAACAGCCACGAGCGAAUCCAGCAGUUUGUAAGUUCUGUGACUAGCAGUCGGUUGGGUGGCUACAUAGAAACACUGUCAGAGAGAGAGCGCAUUGACCUGGGCCAGAGAUAUCUUACUGACUAUGUGAUCCUCUCUUUCAAAAUCAAGACCGAAGAAGAAGUGAAGGUGUUCAGGGCAGCGAUUUUAGGUUGUGUUGCUGCUCUGCAGCAGGAUAUAGGUGUGAACACUAAUCUUUCUCCAGCCUGGAUCAUGGCAGCAGCUCAACACUUCAGUCCACGACUUGAUACACUCGUACACAUUCUGCAGAUCCAGCCUCAAUUAGCUCCUUUUGUCCUGAAACAGUCCUUAAAGACAGACCGUCCAGACAUGCAUGAAGACAUUCUAGCUCUUUGUAUGUGUGUGGAGGGGACAAAACUUCAGUCGUUUACAUCGUUUUCUAAGUGCUCAGACUUUCUGGGCAAAGUUGAACUGCUGCAGCCUUGCUUGCAGAGAGUGUUCAGUGUAACUUACACCUCCCUCUGCAGUCCUGGCUCUCUCAAACAUCUGGAUGCUAUUAAGUCUGUAUGGCAGGGAAUGUUGGUGGUAGCUGCUUUUAUCGAGCAAGUUGUGAUGAAAUUAUUUUCGUCUGAUGAAAAGCUGGUGGCACAGACACUCAAACACUGCAGCCAGCUACACCGGCUGAUGGAGCAGUGUCCUGACCUGCAGAGUAAAGCCUGUCUGCAGCAGCUCAUCCGCAUCCUCAACGACUACCAUGAGGAAUCCAUGAGCAGAGAUUUACGAUUUGGUCUGAAGUGUCCUGUGUGUCUGGAGGACCUGACUGAGCCAUGUGUUCUACAGUGUGAGCAUGUGUUCUGCCUGUCCUGUAUGAGGAGUUGUAUGCAAGGAGAAGAAGUGAAAUGCCCUAAGUGCAGGACACUGCUUCCACCCAACUUCCAGCCAGCUAUCUCAGCCAGAGUAGAUUCGGCCCUUAAACAACAUAGAAAGUUAAGGAGAUGCUGUAACUCCUUCUUUUUGGAAGUGGUCUCUCGGUUUUGUUUCUCCAAAGGACAACAACCCAAAGAGGACCUGGUGGAGCUGCUGUUCUCUCUGCUAAUCUCAGCACAGGGAGACGUGUAUAAGACAAGAGAGCUAACCCCCUUCCUGGAAUGUGUUGACCAGAAUCCUGUGGUACGCUCGGUGUUGCCUAAACUCUUACUGCAAUACAGUUUUGACCUGGUAAAGGGCCAUAUUCAGACAUAUUUGAAAAACCUGGAGGACAAACUACUGAAUGAUGAGGAUAGGAUGGAACUUUACAGACUUUUUGUCAACUGUUUCCAGGAUACUUUGCUUUGUGUGGGCUGGGGUGAAACUCUGGAAGCAAAGAUUCAGCGGCGUCAGCGGGAUGACAUAAACUUUCUCAACCGAUUGGCUCGCAAGCAGACGCCAUCCAGAGAACAGCAGCCGGCUGAGUUUCUCCUGUCCAUGGCUCAUUUAAGGAUGUGUCUGGACACUGCGGCUCGUAUUCUGCCCAGGGCUGUUCGCCAUAAGAGUGGUGAGGCUAAGAAGAUUUUCAUAAACCUAUGAAAACUGUUAGAGGAGAUAAAGGCCAUCUUUAAUUAUGCUCAGAAUGACUGGUAUAGAGUCUACCUUCUCAGAACACUUAACAGGCAGGCGGGCACAGACUGUGUCCAGGCCGUGAUGAAUAGCACCGCUUAUGAGUGGAUCUUCCCUCCUGAGAUCCUGCGACUACAGAGGUUGAUUCCUAUGGAGGUGGAUCGAUUUCUGUGCUGCGGUGAGCAGUAUCGCACUAUCAGAGAUGGAGUGGGUCAGGUGUUGCUGGAAUCCAACAGUGAUGCACUUAAAGCCACACUACAGAAUGUGAGCUGUUCGGUGUCUAUGAAGUGUGUUCUUCUAGUUUUGGCUUUGUUCAGACAGGUAACUUGUCGCCUACGAUCACCUGAAUCAGCCAUGCGCCCUGGAGCACAGGAUUUAGCGAUGCUGAAUGACAUUGUGAGAGAGAGCACAAAAGGGCAUCUGCGUGACCUCUGCACCAGUCUGUUAGAUGAAGGUCUCAUGCCACACCUGCAUGUCUGUGCAAAUGAAUCAGCAGAGAGACGUCUUCUCCUGGAGCUCCUGGUUCAUGCUAUCGCUGUGUUCCACAGUGGGAGUAGACUUCUCUUUCCUUAUCACCUCAUUGCCUCUAGGCCAGAAAUGAUGAGGGAAGCUUUUCUUCCCACUAUGCCAGAGGACAACACCAGUAAGGUCAUUCAGUGGCUAAAAGAACCAAACCUGAAGAAGUACUAUUGUAAAAAUGGUCAUAUGUCUUUGGUUGGUGAGUGUGGGAAGCCAGUGGUUGAGGCAAAGUGUGACACAUGCCGAGUGCCUAUUGGAGGCUUAAAUCACCGAGCAGUUCCUGGAUUCACUCUUGUCCAUGGCAAUGUGGGUGAUCAGACCCGACCAGGCCAUAUUCUGGAUAAUGCUGUUCGUAGAUCUGAAGCUCCAAACAGAGAUCUGAGUAUGCCCCAGUCCUGUGUGCUACGUCUCUUCCUUCAUCUGGCCAUGCUGCAUGGAUCCUAUCUCAAUCAGCAGGGUAUAAGUGCAAUCAUUCACCCAACUGUUGACAAUGCCCGUGAGUUUCUGUGGCACCAUCUUGAAAAGGACAUGGAGGUUCUGGGAAAGACUUUGAAUCUGAAUUGUGAUGACACAGCCAUCACAGUUCAUCUGAUCCUGAACACCUCAGCAGGUCUGCCCACAGUUCAUGUCAAUCAGGGGGCUACAGAAUGGUCUUCUCGAAAUGCCCGUGAGCAGUGGGAGAAGCAGUUUUGCAAAACAGUCAUCGAUCCCGUUCUAAAGGAUUUGAACAGACACUUAAAUGAUGCUCAGGAACACGUGGCAGCUGAUGAUAAGCUCUCCAAUAGCUCCCUGAUGAAGAUGUUAAAAGGAGAUCCUCGUUUGCUCCUUCCUCUCCCUUCUGAAUGUCCCACCCAUCAUGCGUGUUUCUGGACUCCUCCUGACACCCUGAGUGUGGAACACCUUUCCCAGCUGAUUGCCCAAAAGCAGGCACAGAAACAAGUUCCUCUUCUUUCGCUGUUCCUCAAUAAAGUGUGGUACAUAAGACACCUGGCAUGUCUGCCUGAUCUGGCAGCCCUGUUGUCGGACCUGAUCCGAAUAGUCCGAAUAGAUGCUGAGACACACUCUUCCCCCAUCGCCACACUGCUGCUUAACAUUCCUGCAGGCCUCCAGAGGAAUACACUCAAAAAAAGGCUACAGACGUUUUUCAGGGUGUGGAACCAUCUCAAAGUGGAGAUAGCUAAUAACACUGCUGUAGGUGUGGAUCCAGUAUUGUGUGAGAAGGACAUAACCAUGGACAGCUCUUUUCUGUUUCUCUGCCUGAGCCGUCAUGGACCAGGCUCAUGUCUCCACGCUCUCAUCGACCUGCUUUCAGACACGCACAACAGCCUGGUGCGAGAAGCUCAGAAACUCAGUCAUCAGGAAAACAGUGACUACAGUGUUCCUGUUGGGAUGGUGUCUGAAAACCAAUUGGCACUGUGCCACCCAGAGAAGGAGCUGCUGCCCCUGGUGUUAGCUCACUGCCAAUACACUCUGGUGAAGGGUCAACAAACUGCCAGUGACUAUGACCUUCAGGCUAUUGAGAAACAAUUUUACAGACGCUUCUUAGCUGGCAAGCCACUCAUCCAAACAGAUACCGAAAAGUAUCUGAAGAGACAUCAUCAAGAUUUUUCAGAGGUUUUAAAAGAUGUUAGAAGCAAGAUUCCACAGGAGCCUCUGAAAGGUUCAGCAUGCAACUCGAUAAGAACCGGGCUGCGCUCCUUCACUGAUGUGUGUGAUGCCGUGCGUGCUCUGGAAAUUGGUCUACGUUUCCUGGGUAAAACUGGAGGACGUCCCAAUUUCCUUCUACUAUCCUAUCUCCAUGAUUCACUCAAGAUGCAGCAACACAUCUCCAGCAGUAUUGCCAAGGCUCUGGCAGAUAUCAGGCUUGAUCAGUGUACUGCCACAUGGCAGCUGUUGACCUGCUGGAUGAGUGAGCUGAAGCUGAAGGGAGGACAGGACCCUAUGCCAAGACUUUGUGAAGAGUAUAAAGAGGCACUUUCUACUGAUAACAUGAAAGAGUUGAACAAGUUCCUGGACAUCACUGAUGUCAACAUUUUUACUCUGGAGCUUCAUGAGAUCCUGCUUUUGAAGACAAACAUCACCUCAGAGGACAGAUACUUUCCACAGUGGGACAUUAGAAACACUCUGGAAUUACAUUUGGAAAAUAAAGGAGCUCCUGUCCUGCCUGGACUAGACAAUCUUUCAGAUAAGAUCAUUUUGAGCAAUGGUGCAGAGGUCUGGAGACUUGCUGUAAACUUUAAGAGAUGAUGGUGUUCCUAAAACUAUUAAGCAGCCAACAUUAAACUAUAUAUGUUUCUGCUAUAUAUGUAUAUUGCACCCUCUGACUUUAUGUGAAUUGUCUCAGGACAUUAAUGUUUAUUAAUUUCAGAGUAGUUCUGGAAUUACUCAGUACCAUUUAUUGUUUUACCCCGAUGCAUUUAAAAUGAUGUUGUGCUUACUAUAUUCACUGAUGUCAAAUCUAGUGGGGUACUGCCAAAUAAUGAGAAUGUUAUUGUUAAUUAAACUCAGUCUAUUCUUAUUUUUGUUCUUCCUUUCUGAAUGUAGCACAAGUCUAGAAUCGUUUGCACUUCUAACCAUUCCCCAGAGUUGUAUGUAAGCUUUUGUGAAAAAAAAAAUAAAGAUUUGCUACAUUAA